UGAAGCUAUUUCGAUUCGAGGUUCGGACACUUCGGACUUUCGGAGCCGACUCGCCGGGACACCGGGAAGCUGUCACGCUGUCAGGUGGACACAGGUGGAUGUUCCCGGGCGAGAGAUCCUUUAUUUUUCCAUCGUGUAGCGUAAAUCGCUCGACCACAACAAAAUGGAGUGCAUUUUCCGUUUACCGUUCUUAAUCCUGGAAGUGCCUAACUUGAAACUAAAGAGACCGUCCUGGUUCGUCAAACCUAGUGCUAUGGUAGUCUUCUCCUUCAUCCUGUUGUCGUACUUCUUGGUGACAGGAGGAAUUAUAUACGAUGUAAUUGUUGAACCACCUAGUGUAGGAUCUACGACGGACGAACACGGUCAUACAAGACCCGUAGCGUUCAUGCCUUAUCGGGUAAAUGGACAGUACAUUAUGGAAGGGUUGGCCUCCAGUUUCUUGUUCACGAUGGGAGGCUUGGGGUUUAUCAUCCUAGAUCAAACGCACGGUCCAUCGACGCCAAAGCUUAACAGAGUUCUUUUGAUAUGCGUUGGAUUCCUUAGCAUACUCGUGUCGUUUACCGCGUGCUGGAUAUUCAUGAAGAUGAAACUUCCUGGGUAUUUACAGUCUUAAAUGCUAAGAGAUUGUAAGCUUUAUUGUGGUGAAUUAUCAUUUUUCUAUGUCGUAUGGGAUAUCGUUACAAUACGCUGGAUAUUGUAACAAUGGAUUGGUAAUUUUUGUAAUAAAAUAUAAUAAGCAAAACUGAAUAACUUCAGCAUCAUUGUAUUAUUUAUAAUACAAUAAAAGAUAUUAUAUAAU